AGUUGGUGGAACCGGAGCUUCGAGUCCGUCCCCGGUGCUGCCUGCGCGUUCACCUGAGUCUCGCUGGAGCUCUUCUCGCCCGCCCACCUCAUCUCAACUCACUUUCCGCGGGGACCGGCGCCAAGCUGGGCCUUCCUCGGAUCAGGCGUCCCCUGAAGUCGGCACGCCCCUCUGCGUCCCCCUUCGGUCCCGCUAGGACCCCGUCCGGGCUGCCGUCGCCUCGUCGCUAUGGCGCCCACCAUCCAGACCCAGGCCCAGCGGGAGGAUGGCCACAGGCCCAAUUCCCACCGGACUCUGCCUGAGAGGUCUGGAGUGGUCUGCCGAGUCAAGUACUGCAAUAGCCUCCCUGAUAUCCCCUUCGACCCCAAGUUCAUCACCUACCCCUUCGACCAGAACAGGUUCGUCCAGUACAAAGCCACUUCCUUGGAGAAACAGCACAAACAUGACCUCCUGACUGAGCCAGACCUGGGGGUCACCAUCGAUCUCAUCAAUCCUGACACCUACCGCAUCGACCCCAAUGUUCUUCUAGAUCCAGCUGAUGAGAAACUUUUGGAAGAGGAGAUUCAGGCCCCCACCAGCUCCAAGAGAUCCCAGCAGCACGCGAAGGUGGUGCCAUGGAUGCGAAAGACAGAGUACAUCUCCACUGAGUUCAACCGUUAUGGCAUCUCCAAUGAGAAGCCUGAGGUCAAGAUUGGGGUUUCUGUGAAGCAGCAGUUUACCGAGGAAGAAAUAUACAAAGACAGGGAUAGCCAGAUCACAGCCAUUGAGAAGACUUUUGAGGAUGCCCAGAAAUCAAUCUCACAGCAUUACAGCAAACCCCGAGUCACACCGGUGGAGGUCAUGCCUGUCUUCCCAGACUUUAAGAUGUGGAUCAAUCCAUGUGCUCAGGUGAUCUUUGACUCAGACCCAGCCCCCAAGGACACGAGUGGUGCAGCUGCGUUGGAGAUGAUGUCUCAGGCCAUGAUUAGGGGCAUGAUGGAUGAGGAAGGGAACCAGUUUGUGGCCUAUUUCCUGCCUGUAGAAGAGACGUUGAAGAAACGAAAGCGGGACCAGGAGGAGGAGAUGGACUAUGCACCAGAUGAUGUGUAUGACUACAAAAUUGCUCGGGAGUACAACUGGAACGUGAAGAACAAAGCUAGCAAGGGCUAUGAGGAAAACUACUUCUUCAUCUUCCGAGAGGGUGACGGGGUUUACUACAAUGAGUUGGAAACCAGGGUCCGCCUUAGUAAGCGCCGGGCCAAGGCUGGGGUUCAGUCAGGCACCAACGCCCUGCUUGUGGUCAAACAUCGGGACAUGAAUGAGAAGGAAUUGGAAGCUCAGGAGGCACGGAAGGCCCAGCUAGAAAACCACGAACCGGAGGAGGAAGAGGAAGAGGAGAUGGAGACAGAAGAGAAAGAAGCUGGGGGCUCAGAUGAGGAGCAGGAGAAGGGCAGCAGCAGUGAGAAGGAGGGCAGUGAAGAUGAGCGCUCGGGCAGCGAGAGUGAACGGGAGGGUGAUGACAGGGACGAGGCCAGUGACAAGAGUGGCAGUGGUGAGGACGAGAGCAGCGAGGAUGAGGCCCGGGCUGCCCGUGACAAAGAGGAGAUCUUUGGCAGUGAUGCUGAUUCUGAGGACGAUGCCGACUCUGAUGAUGAGGACAGAGGACAGGCCCAAGGUGGCAGUGACAAUGAUUCAGACAGCGGCAGCAAUGGGGGUGGCCAGCGGAGCCGGAGCCACAGCCGCAGCCGCAGCGCCAGUCCCUUCCCCAGUGGCAGCGAGCACUCGGCCCAGGAGGAUGGCAGUGAAGCUGCAGCUUCUGAUUCCAGUGAAGCUGAUAGUGACAGUGACUGAGUCCCAGGGCAUUCAGGGCUGGUUCAGACACCAUUAUUGUGAGCAGGAAAGCACUUUUCUAGUGGUCUGUUUGUGAGCCUUUCACUUGUUUGUUCCCCACCCCCAAACCUUUGCUGUUAAUAAAGUCAACUUCUCUUUA